UCCCCGCCCUAACACGGAAGCGGUGGAGUCCUGGGAUUCGGACAGCCGGUGGGUCCAGGCCAUGGGGCAGCCCUGGGCGGCUACGAGCACAGAGGGGGCGCCCGCGCGGCUACCUCUCGUGCUCACGUUGCUGUGGGCUGUGGCCGUGGGCCUGGAGCUGGCUUACGUGCUGGUGCUGGGUCCCGGGCCGCCCCCGCUGGGACCCCUGGCCCGGGCUUUGCAGCUCGCGCUGGCCACCUUCCAGCUGCUUAACCUGUUGGGCAACGUGGGGCUCUUUCUGCGCUCGGACCCUAGCAUCCGGGGCGUGAUGCUGGCCGGCCGCGGCCUGGGCCAGGGCUGGGCUUACUGCUACCAGUGCCAAAGCCAGGUGCCGCCACGCAGUGGGCACUGCUCUGCCUGCCGAGUCUGUGUCCUUCGCCGGGACCACCACUGCCGCCUGCUGGGCCGCUGUGUGGGCUUUGGCAACUACCGGCCUUUCCUGUGUCUGCUGCUGCACGGCGCUGGUGUCCUGCUCCACAUCUCUGUGCUGCUGGGCCCUGCCCUGUCAGCCCUGCUGCGAGCCCACUCACCACUGCACACCGCUGCCCUCCUCCUGCUUCCCUGGCUCAUGCUGCUCACAGGCCGUGUGUCUCUGGCUCAGUUUGCCCUGGCCUUCGUGAUGGACACGUGUGUGGCGGGUGCCCUGUUGUGCGGGGCUGGGCUGCUCUUCCAUGGGAUGCUGCUGCUUCGGGGCCAGACCACGUGGGAGUGGGCUCGGGGCCAGCACUCUUAUGACCUGGGCCUCUGCCACAACCUGCAGGCAGCCCUGGGGCCCCGCUGGGCUCUUGUCUGGCUCUGGCCUUUCCUGGACUCCCCCUUGCCUGGGGAUGGGAUCACCUUCCAGACCAAAGCUGAUAUGGGACUCAUGGCCUCCUGACUCCAGAAAGAACCAGAAUUGUACAGGGAGGAGGGGAAGUGUGGGGGUAUGAAGGUCUGAUUUCCCCAGACUCGAGGGAAAUCAGGGUGGCCCUUAUUGCUUGUCUGGGGGCAACUCCAGGCCACACGGGCAUUAGCAGCCUCAUUACCCCUCUACAUAUAGAAUCUUUUCAUUGUUUCCUUUUUAUUAGUAAGUAGAUACUAAAUAAACCCCCUACUCAAUUUGAGGAAGUUACUCUUAACAUUUCCUCUGAAGUUCCUUCUAUGCUCCCCUAGGCUGCCCUGUCUCAGUCAUACCCUUGCUUUAUUUCUUUAUUCUCUUGGCCUUGCCUCUGCCCGGCUUGGACUCCUGUGUGUCCAGGGCUUGGGCCCUGCGACUGCCUCUUUUGGCAGAGGAGCACAGAGGUAUGGCAAGGGCUGCUCAGCCUGGUCUCUCUC